AUGGUAACUGGUAAGUCAACUCCUUUUUGGAAUAUCCAGUGGCUGGGGCAUAGAGCUUUUAGAUACAUAUUUCCUAAUCUAUAUCAGCUAGUUGAGGAUCCUAACAGUAGUGUUUAUAAUAUAGGGUGUUGGGUGGGCAAUGGGUGGGAAUGGCAGAUCGAGAAUUGUUUCUCGGUAUUAAAUCAAGAGGCAUGUAAUGAAUUAUCAGAUUUGAAGGCAGUGUUGGAUAGAGUGGCUCCAUCUGGUCAGAAUAGGGACGUGUUGAUUUGGCCAUUACAAGACUCGCAUUGCUAUUCUGUUCGGUCUUAUUAUACAAAACUUGUGCAAGAUUCAGUGGUAGAGUUGGGCGAUAGCAGAGUGAGGGCUGCUCUGCAGGUGAUAUGGAAAGUGAAGGUUCCAUCAAAGAUGCAAAUAUUUGGAUGGAGAUUGAUGCAUGAUAGGUUACCUACAAAAUCCCAACUGUCAAAAAGGGGUAUUAUUAUGGAAAAUGCAGAUUCUCCAUGUGUAUUUGGAUGUGGUCAAGUGGAGGAGGUAGAUUAUGUGUUCAUUUCAUGCUGUUGCGGAAGGGUGGUUUGGUCGAAGAUGUUCCUUUGGUUGGGUUUAGAUUAUAUGGAAGAGGUCAAUUGUUGUGAUCACUUUAUCCAAAUGGUGACUGUGUUGAAAUCGUUUUGUGUCAAUAAUCGUGCCGACGAAAUCUGGUUGGCAGUAUGCUGGUGUUUGUGGCGACACCAUGACAAAAUUAUUUUCAACAACAGGGUGGCUGAUCCGGAUGAGAUUGUUCACAAUGUAAUGAUGUAUUCUUGGUGGUGGUUAGCGAUAGGAAAUAUGAAGAAGGUUUACUGUAAUUUCUAUGAAUGGUCUAAGAAUCCUUUAAAGUUUCUAUAG